GAAAUGAUGGAUUUAUGGCUGUUUUGGCAUUUCGUCUUAUUAUAACUCUUUAAUAUACAACUAUCGUUAUGUUGUUUGCAAAGAAAUCUUAUCGGUAUAUAAAAUCAAUUUUAUGUAAAUAAUAUUAUAAACAAUGAUUGUUAUUUUUUGUUUGUUUGUUUGUUUAUACAUGACACGUUUCAAAAGCUCGUGUUUGUGUUUAGGCCAGUAAAGCUGUUGAUCAAGUCGAAAUCUAAAUUAUUCCGAAAAAAAAGUCAUGUUAGCAUAGAUUACACAUUCUUGCAUCACAAACCUUUUCUUACAUCCUUUAAAGAGCAUUCAGACCCUCAGGAAACGCGUCUGUCCGAAAGGCUUGUGCUGAAUUGGGGAAAUGAUGCUGCAAAGGGAUGGGAGUAUAAAGACAGUGGUUUGAGAAGGACCGAGCGAUGGAGCAAGGGUCGGAGGAGAACAUGGAGAGCUCAUGGACUCUGCUCUCCUGGCUGGCUUCUGGAGUGAUGGUGUUCGGAGGUGCGGUUCCCUACGUCCCCCAGUACCAGGAGAUCCAGAGGACCAAUAACUCGGAGGGAUUCUCAACAAGAGUCUGUCUGGUGCUGCUCGUGGCUAAUAUACUUCGCAUUUUCUUCUGGAUAGGCAAGCAGUUUGAGCUGCCUUUGCUCCUGCAGAGCGUGGUGAUGAUCCUCACCAUGCUGGCUAUGCUACAUUUGUGCUGUUCCAUCCAGAGCAGCAACCGCGUCAGUACUAAACAGCACCACAUCACAGAUUUGGACCUUCGGUAUUUCUGGAGCUGGAGUUCUUUUGAGGACUAUCUGAUGUUCUGCUUUGCCUUCACGCUGCUGUGUGCUUUCGUAACGUUCCUCUUUCUGGACUGGGUCCUAUUUGUGGAGGCCCUGGGCUCUUUGGCCGUAAUGUUUGAAGCCAUGUUGGGACUGCCUCAGCUGCUGCAGAACUACAACAACCGCUCCACCCGAGGCAUGAGCAUAAAGAUGGUGCUUUUAUGGACAGCUGGUGACAUCUUUAAGACUGCGUAUUUCGUGAUCAAUGAAAGCCCCACUCAGUUCGUGGUCUGUGGUGCAGUACAGAUUUUAAUUGACAUUGCCAUUCUGCUCCAGGUGGGCUACUACAGCCAGGACACAAGAAUCAAACUGGGCUGAGAUCACUACAAUAAUGAUGGUGAUCAACACUUCUAAUUAUGGACAUUAAAUGUGCUACUUAUCUGCAAAACUAUGCUUUUAUAAAAAAAAAAAUAUAUACACAGGGUUCAAAAGUCUGAAACUGCUAGUGAAAACUGAUAUUCUUAUUAAAGACUUAGUAUUCAAUUAAUAAAUUGUUAAAAAUAAUAAAUAGUUUCAAUCUGUUGAACCCUGCCGGAUUAUAUAUAUAUAUAUAUAUAUAUAUAUAUAUAUAUAUAUAUAUAUAUAUAUAAA